ACAGAUAUUCCAUUUCAGAUUUCCACGUCCUUUUGAAAUGGUCGGGCUAGGAAACGGCCGUCGAGGAAUGAAAUCUCCACCUCUUCUAAUAGCUGCGCUUGUGGCUUGUAUGAUUGUUUUGGGUUUCAAUUACUGGAUUGCAAGUUCUCGCAAUGUUGAUCUACAGAGUCGGAUUAUGGAACUGGAAAGGAAAGUCCGCAGGGCGGCAGCAGAGAGAGGAGCUGUUGAACUAAAAAAGAAUGAAUUCCAAGGAGAACUAGAGAAGCAGCGAGAGCAGAUAGAUAAAAUCCAGUCCCUCCAUGGUUUUCAGUUGGAAAAUGUCAAUAAAAUGCACCAGGAUGAGAAGGCAGUGUUAAUGAAUAACAUAACUACAAAUGAGCGAUUUAUCCAGAAUCUAAAAGAACACUUGAUAAAGUUACAGAACGAAUAUGGAAAGCUACAACAGGAUGUGAAUCAGUUUCAGAAAAACCAGACUAAUCUUCAGAAGAAAUUUUCCUAUGAGAUGUCCCAGUGCAUCAAUCAGAUGAAAGAGUUAAAAGAACAAUGUGAAGAAAAGAUACAUGAGAUUACAAAAAAAGACAGUGAGGCACCGCAGGCCAAGGACAUCAAAGACUUAUUGAAAAAUUCCAACAAAAAUGACCAGGAUAAUAUUCAGCUGUCAACUUCUAAUCGACCAGAGCUUCAACUGCAUGACCUGGAAGCAGAGAAAGGAGAUGAGGAACAAAAAGAGGACAAAAUUCCUGGAAAUGAAUCUCUAGAAAUAUCAAAGCCAACAUUCAGUGUAAAAAAGGAACCAAAGAUUGAAUCUCAUGGAGACAAAGAAGGGAUGCUUGAUCUGGAUGUGGUGAACCAAAAGGACCUUAUAAAAGAUGAGAAGCUUUCUGUUGAUCAAGGACCCCCACAUGAUUCAGCUAAGAGUGUCAUGGAUCAUGAAGAAUUGCCUCCUAAACCAGGAAAGGAACCAAAUCCAUAUGAGGGGGUAAAUGUUCUUAAAGAAGGAGAUACACAAAGGGAGUCUGUCGAAAUGCAAGAACCAUCUGCAGGUCAUGCUGUCAAUCAAGAACAUUUUCCAAAUGAAGAAAUAGAAAGGGAGCACCUCUUAAAUUAUGAUGCUCAGCCAGAUGACCAGGAGCCCAGUCAGGAUGAUAAACAGAGAGCUGAAGCAGUGAACCAGAACAAUGUAGCAGUUGACUACAACUUAGAUGAGAAUGAGGCGGAAUCUGAAACUGACAAGCAAGCUGCGCUGGCUGACAAUGACUUGUAUGUCCAAAAUUCUGAAGAUUUGAACAUGAAGAACCACCUAUCUGAACAAGGUGUAGAGAAGCCACAAAAGCUGUGAACAGAAGUACACUGGAUUCGACUCAAUCACUUGCAAAUCCAAUCAGAGAUCCAGGUGAAGCUAGACUGCUUGAUUGCCAUGUCCAGGUUUAAAAAGGGUCCCAUAUCAUUUGUGAAGUUUUAGUACUAUACUUUAACGGUUAAAAUGAUACUUUGCUUCUUACAAAGGUUAAGGCAGUUCUGACUUCUGUGAAUUUUUUUUACUGUUUUAAAUUCUUAACUGCUUGCUUUUAUUGCUAGCUAAUUAAGUUGUACAGUCAUAACAAUGAUAUGAACAAAGAGGAGAGGGAGUAGUUCUAGGAUCAUAUUUUGAAUCCCUACUGUGCUUCAGAUGCUAACUUAGACUGAUCUGUCCCCAGUAAAUGGUACUUAUAACUUUAGUCCUUAUAACCACAAAGGCUUGAAUAGUUGACCUGACCCUUUCAAACUACACGGCUUUUGGAUAGCUUUUUUCUCCUCAUGUUAAUUAUCUCUCUCUCAACCACAAAAGAAUAGCGUGGUUCCCAUUGGAGGUAACUUCUAAGAGGUUAGACCUGAACUCACAAACUAGCAAGGUGGUGUGGAUUAGGUUGUACAACUCAUUUAGUAGGUUUCUAUCAAAUUGUCUUGCAGUUACUGCUGUUUGAGGGAAGGCCUAAAAUGGUGUGCCAUGUGUAUUCUUUCCUUCACCUGUCCAACACAGCAUUUAAAAGACAUUUUUAUAUAGGACUCUAUUGAACACACUGUAGUUAUAUUAUGCAUAACAUAAAACUUUAUUGCCACUGUUAUUGUUGAAUGUAUUCAUUGUGGUAAACAAACAUACAAUACCUCCCUGUGCCAGUGGGAUAUCUUUGGGAGCCCUGGCCUCUGCUUGUUACUCCAAGGUGCCUGUUGAAGCAGGCGUUUAAAGUGUGCAAAGUCCACCACACCAUUUAUCAGAAAUAGUUCUCCAGCAGGCUGUUUUUAAAACUAUUAGUACCACACACACUCUCAGCUACCACUGAGGUUCUGUCCUUGACUCCACUUGUAAAUCCUAGUUGCUGAAAGUGGGCAGGUUGCAGGGAUUUGGAUCUUGGUACUGAAGGUAACCUAUCUGCCAUAGUCCAAGGUGUCAAACAUGAAAAAACAAAAGGAGCUUGCAGCCUGUAACUCUUGUUCCAGAGUUCUCUUUUUAUUACUUGAACAAACCCAGAACAAGAGUUCAGAUACUAAUGCAAAACAGUAUACUGUUAACAAGUAAAACAGAACUGAAGGAAAGAGGAGGUAGUAGGCAUGACUGGAUUAGAGUAUAAUUAAAGGCAGUCUUUUCUACAACAGCCAGGGAAAUGAUGCCUCACUAACUACAAACUACUUAAGCACUUUAUUUCCUUUCCAGUUAUAUACUGUAUGCCAUUCUUAACAGUAGACUAUGUGUGCCAGUAAUCUAGUUUACUAAUGUGAGCACAAUUUUUUUAUCUUAAAUAAAGGUAGCUGCCAUACAGUAAAUAGGGUUGUUCUCAGAAGCUGUAACAAACCUGGCCUUUGUUAUACACAAAUGAAUGCAUUAUUUUUGAGUUUGAGUAAUCUAAACUUUCUUUAGUUAGUAUAGCCCAUACCCAAAUCAUGAAUACAAUGUAUUUUGGGAGGAAAAGCUUCAUACACAGAAAUAUUACAUGUCUGAAGCUUUUCCUCCCAAAAUACAUUGUAUUCAUGAUUUGGGUGUGGGCUAUACUAACUUGAAAAGGAAAAAAAACGAGUGUUUUGUAGAGUGAUAAAGGAACGAUAAAGACUUAAGAGGACAUCUUCUCUAAAAACAUAUUGACAAAGUUGGAAUGUAUUGUCUUUGGCAGUAGUUGCAGUUUUAAUUAAGAAGUUAAACUAUCUAUCCUAGCCAUUAGAUGCUAUUAGAUACCAAACAGCUUCAAUAAGUAAGAUGGACAGUAAUUCAUGACAGUCAUGAUGGGAGGGAAUUAUAAAAUUGUUUGUAAAGAAAAACUUACUUUCUAAAUGUUUUUGAAGGAUUCAGGUUCUAACUGUAUUUUUUUUUUUAUGUAGAAGGCAAGGUACUUGCUCACUGUAUAGAAAAGAAUUUUAAAACUAAAGCUUUUUGUAGUGGGGAAGGAGAAAUUAGAUUCACUCAGGACUGUGGUUUUAAACACUUUUUGUAUAUUGCCUAAGGUCAUUUGUACUCAUUUUGAGUUUCCUGAAUGAAGCUAUGAACUUGAGGGAGUGGGGAACUGAUUUUUGUCAUUCAAAAUGUUUUUGCAAUAAAAAUUGAUCAUUUUAGAAAAACA